AUGCACGUGUAUCAGAUACUCGUCUUUUCCGCCGCGGUCGCGACUUGCCGAGCCGCCGUGAUGCCGGCCGCAGUCGCGAGGGAUAUUUCCCCGGCUUCUGCUAAAGCUGUGCAUCAAGGAGAAAAGCGAGGAUACGCUACAUGGACUGACUACAUUCCCGAAAUGGAUGGACCACAUAAGGUGAAGCAGGGCAGAAAAGAAGAAAGGUCCAGCGCUUAA